AUGACGCCGAAAUGGCUUAUGGGGCAGCCAGUUGUCCUAAACGAAAAUAACAUUACGAGUUUUUAUAUUCCAAGCGUCGGAAUUUAUAACAGAUGUAUGCGCAUGAGAGAAGACCACAACAACUGUGCCUCAUUUUCCUUUUAUGGUCUUGCUACAGACCCUGCAGUAUACCCACCUCCGUGGAAGGCUGCUAUGUUCUUCUUAUCUUUAUGUGCUGCCAUACAAUUUGCGACCGUGUUAUGUGGUAUAAUUGCUUGUUGUGUACAAUCUGUGUUUAAGAAGAGCGUUAUUUCAUUGGCUGGUGCUACGCAAGCUUUGGGCGGUCUUUUCGGGGUUCUGGGAUUACUGUUAUACCCUUGGGGUUGGGGUGCGUCGCGCGUCAAACGUCUUUGUGGAGAAAACGCUGACCCGUAUAUACUUGGCGAUUGUUCUAUUGGCUGGGCUCUUUUCGUGACAGCCACCGGCGUUGCUCAAAUCUUCCUAGCCAGCGCUCUCUCCAAGACAGCAGACAAAGCAGCUAAUUCAGACAAGGUGCAGUUCCAAAUGGAUGAGGGAAAACAGCUUAUUUGCUUAGCUUAA